AUGUCGUCUUUUUUUUUAUUCUUCCUGCUUGUGGAUCCUGUGAGCGGGUUCAACCUAGGAGUUGGAGAUGGUCAGAUUCAGUGCAUAGGGAGCGAGAGACAAGCACUCCUCAAUUUCAAACAAGGCCUUAUAGACGACUAUGGCCAUCUCUCUUCUUGGGGGAGUGAAGAAGCCAAGAGAGAUUGUUGCAAAUGGAGAGGAAUCCAGUGCAGCUUCCAAACUGGUCACGUCACUAUGCUUGAUCUUCAUGUCUCCGAGCUUGGUGAUAGUAACAAGCCCUUGAGAGGUAAAAUUAAUCAUUCAUUGCUUGAGUUGCAACAUCUUAACUAUUUGGACUUGAGUUGCAAUGACUUUCAGGGGACACUGCUCCCUAAUUUCAAUGGUUCCCUGAGCAAAUUAAGAUACCUCAAUUUUUCCAAUGUUGGUUUCACUGGAACCCUCUCCUAUCAGCUUAGGAACCUCUCAAGCUUGCAUUCCCUUGAUCUCAGCUAUAAUAAUUUUACUAAAGUUGAAAACCUUGAGCGGCUUUCUCAUCUUUCUUAUUUAGAGACCCUGGAUUUAAGUGGGAAUAGCCUUGGCAAAGUCAGCGACUGGGUGCAUAUAGUUAAAAACCACCCCUAUCUAACAAACUUGCAUCUAAGAUCCUGUGAUCUUGCAACUAUCAUUCCGCCGUCUAAUUCCCGCGCAAAUUCUCCCAUUUCUCUUUCAGUCCUAGAUCUCUCUUCUAACAAUUUGUCUUCUUCAGUAUUCCAGUGGGUGUUUAGCUUGAAUAGCAGCCUUGUUCACGUUAAUCUCAGCUAUAAUCAGUUGGAAGGCACAAUUCCAAGCUUUUUCGGAAAUUUCUGUAGGUUACAUACACUAGACCUGGCUGGGAACAAUCUCACUGGAUCACUUCCUGUGUUUUUAGAACAUUUGUCUGUGUGUGCAGAGAGUUCACUGGAGAUUCUGAGAUUAGGAAUGAAUCAGCUUCAUGGUUCGCUGCCUGAUUUCACAAGAUUUUCGUCCUUAAAAGAACUGUUUGUCUAUGGUAAUCAACUGAACGGCUCUUUUCCAGAAACUUUCAGCCAACUUUCUGGUCUUGUUGUCUUGGAUGUCGCUGGCAACCAACUGACAGGAUCAUUGCCUGAUCUUACAAUGUUCCCUUCAUUGAAGAAAUUGUGCAUUUUUGGUAAUAGAUUAAAUGGGACUGUUACUGAAAGCAUUGGGAGCCUAUCUAAGCUUGAGUUUUUGUAUGCUUCCCAUAAUUUUUUCGAAGGUGUGAUUACUGAAGCUCAUUUUUGGAAUCUCUCCCAAUUACAGGAAUUAUACUUCAAUGACAACCCUCUGGCUUUGAAAUUCGACUCUGAUUGGCUACCUCCUUUUCAGUUGGACGUAAUAGGUCUUAUGUCCUGUAAAUUGGGGCCUCGUUUCCCGAAAUGGCUUCAAACUCAGAAAAACUUUUCUGUGCUUGAUAUCUCAGAUGCUGGAAUUUCAGGUCCUGUUCCUAAGUGGUUUUGGGACCUAUCUCCCCGACUGUCUUUUCUGAAUAUCUCUUACAACCAAUUAAGUGGCAUGGUGCCAGAUUUAUCCUCAAAAUUCAUUGGUAGCCCAGGAGUAGAUUUGAGUUCAAACCUUUUUGAAGGUCCUUUGCCACUCCUUCCCUCAAAUGCUUUAUCCUUGGAUCUUUCGAAAAAUAAGUUUUUGGGCUCUAUCUCUUCUGUAUGUAAAAUUAUAGGUUGGACUUUGAAUUUCCUGGACCUUUCGGGUAACUUAUUAUCCGGAGUUCUUGCUGAUGAUUGUUUCAGGAAUGGGGAACAGCUAAUCGUCGUAAACAUGGCUGAGAACAACUUGUCGGGAAAAAUUCCAACCUCUGUGGGAUCUCUACCUAUGCUUCAAACAUUAGGCUUGCGUAAUAAUAGUUUCUCUGGAGAAAUACCUUUGUCCUUAAGGAAUUGCAGUCGUUUGCGAUUUUUGGACGUUAGUUAUAAUAGACUAUCUGGAAAAAUACCUGCAUGGAUCGGGGAAAGCCAGCUAGAAUUGGUCUUUUUAAGUUUACAAUCUAAUGAGUUCCAUGGAAAUAUACCAUUUCAGCUGUGUCGAUUACAAAAUAUUCGGCUGUUGGACCUCUCCAUAAACAAUAUUUCAGGAACCAUACCAAAUUGCCUCCAGAACUUCACCCACAUGUCAAGAAAACAGUUAGACAACGACAGUAACACUUAUGUUUAUGAGUUCUCUGCAUCUUCUGGUGGUUUUACAGGUAGAUAUGUGGAUAGGGCCGUGAUUGAAUGGAAAGGAAGAGCACACACGUAUGAGAAAUAUCCUCAACUUCAACUGUUGAGGAUCAUUAAUCUUGCAGAAAACAAAUUGUCUGGGGAAAUUCCAGGGGAAAUAACCAGCAUUCUAGCUAUGGUUGGACUGAACUUAUCAAGAAAUUAUUUGACUGGAAUGAUUCCUCAGGAGAUUGGCCAAUUGAAGCAGUUGCAGUGGCUUGAUUUAUCAAGAAAUCGCUUAUCAGGAGAUAUUCCUGCUAGCAUGGCUGAGUUACAUUUUUUGAGUACGGUGGACCUUUCCUACAAUAACUUGUCAGGGAGAAUUCCAACAAGCACUCAGCUUCAAAGCUUUGAUGCUUCUUCAUUUGCUGGUAAUGUGAAUCUCUGUGGGCCACCGGUCAUACGAAAUUGUCCUGGAGAUGAGAGGCCUCAAAUUGGACCAACAAAUGAUGAUGACCAAGACAACGAAGAAAAUGAUGAAUUCAGGAAUUGGUUUUAUGGUGGUUUGGGAUCUGGAUUUAGCAUUGGCUUUUGGGGAUUUUUGGGCAUUUUAAUGCUACGGCCUUCUUGGAGACGUGUCCUUUUCCAGUUCCUGUAUAAAAAAGGCACCGGAUCUUCGUGA